UUUCAAUGCGCGGAGACAUGAGAUUUGCAAUGCAAAAUAGUUUGCCUUUCUGUUAGUGUAUCCUUGCUAGAAAUUUGAAGAUAAUUCGAGCACUGAAAUUUGAUGUUCUCCUCAACUUUCUGGUGAAAGUUGGCUUCUUCGCCUAGCGGGGAAGACCAAUAGUUCCGCCAUGAAUGGAAGGGGGUCAUCUGAUGUGCAUUACAAUUCGUAAACACCGUGAGUUUCCUUAAUUUGAUUUCACAAGUUCUGAAGUCAUCCUUUGAUGUUCUAAGACAAAUGGCCCGAUUCCCGGGCUUUUUCAACGCGACCCAGUAUUUUGGUAAGUACUUAUUUAUCGUAGGAACCCUAUGGGCUAUUGUGCAUCGCAACCUGUCGACAGUGACUCCACUCCACCGAAUCUUCCAAAGUUACCAGCAUGUUGUAUCGCAAUCAGCAUUUUACAUGGUCCAUGAGUGAAGAUGAAUGAAUAUUGGAAUUAUAUAUGCUCACUUAAGAAAAGAGAAAAUCAAAAUUUUGAAGCAGGUUUUUUCAUCAAGAUUCAGAGUAUUUUGCUCUUGUUUCGAAAUUAACCAGGACAAAGUUAACUUCCGGUAAAAAGAUUUUCUUAAAAGUGCAAAGGAGAAAAGUUAAAGAUAAAUUGAUUACAAAUCAGGACAGCAAUUUGCUAGUUAGCUAUUAAAAAACCAAGUAUUUUAAAUUUUUGAGUCACAGAUUAUAUUUUCUUCAAAUUUUUCUACAACAUGUUAGUGUGAAGUUAAUAUGUGCAGUUUUCAUGUACAAAAGGUUAUCUUCGUCAGUAAAACUUAGAACGUGUUUAUAAACUAUAGAUUACAGUUUUAAUGCUAAUUGUCGCUUGAAGUGCUGUUUGUAAGGUUUAAAAACAAUCUGACUUAAUGCUUGCAUUGUCUGGUGUACGUAUAAACAAAUAUUUCUUUGGUUGUUUUGUUACAAAACCUAACAGAAAAUGCAUGAAGAACUUUAAAGUGAUUGUUUAGAGUUGUGUAUCAUAAUGCUGAAGUCUUUUGUGGAAAAGGCACAACAGCAUACAGUCCUGCAAUUUACAAGUUGUCACAUGUGUUUGAUACAUUAUGGAUAAGGAUUUAAGCCAAAUAAGAUGGUUGCUUUUGUAUAUCAAAGGGGCUUUCUAAGCAGAGAGGAUGUUGUUGUUAAAUCAGGCUUUACACACUCUACAACAUUACCAAGAGUCUGCCGUGGAUUUAAGUAAGCUCGGCAUGCAAUCAUGUGUCUUUUAUAUUCAAAUGGUGUGAGGUCUACGGAAUAUGCUCAAUCCAACACAGCCUUUGAAGAGGCCUUCCAAGUAGAGAGGAUGUUGUUGUCAAAUAAGGCUUUACACACUGUACUAUAUUACCAAGAGUCUGCCGUGGAUUUAGUUAAGCUUGGCAUACAAUCAAAUGUCAUUUAUAAUUAAAUGUGCAAUCCAACACAGCCUUUGAAGAGGCCUUCCAGUGGUGGGGGAUGGGAGGGAGGGGGGGUAAUAUGCUGUUGCUUUUUUCGGUCAUUUCUGAGACUGCCUAUCACCUGGUGGGUUAGUCAUGUGUCCAUAUUACCUGUCGUUUCUACCCCUUGGAAGUCCUCUUUGAAGUACAAGGUAGAUUUCAGUCUUGCAAUCUGGGCACCCAAAGACAAAAUUGACAGCAACGAGUUGAUUGUUCUAGCAAUAUUAAGUGUACUUAUUCUUUCACUUUCAGGGAGCACAAAUUCUGUUAAAGAUCAACAAGAUUCCUUUUGGGACCAGCAGUCUGUGAGGUAUUGUUAUUGGUUAACUUGAUCUAAGUACAAUACCUGAAUAUCCCAAUUGUUUUUUAAAGUUAUUUGAAUAGAUAUUACAAGUUUUUCAUUGCAGUUGCAAGUGAUUUACCUUAAGUGUCACUUCUUUUUUCUAGUGCAAAUCAUUCAUCUGGAGUUUUUAAUGGGAAUGCCGCACAGCCUAACCAUUUUAUGAACAACACCCAGGUACUGAAAUUGUUAUCAUACUGGAAAUUAAAAUACAACAUCCUGUUAAUACGGACACUGUCCAGAUAGUCUACUGCAGGGCUGUCAUGAGGAAGUUUUAGCAUGGACGACGGCUACGGCAGCGAAAACGUCACUUUUACAAUGAAUUAGUGUGUUUCAAACUUGAUCAAGUUUAUUCCAAUUUGCUGAAAAUAUCCAGUAUAGGCAAAUUUCCCUGGAGUUGAUUUCUUCGGGACCGCACUCUAGUUUAGAAAGAGAAAGACCUUUUCGUGGUCGCUUGUUUGUGUACUCCAUAAAACGUGAAAUUAGGCAUUUUUAUGUCGUAGUUGUGCAGCAAUGGCAAAGAAAUGUACAAAAAAGCAUGAUGCACGUGCAAACUUGUUGUUUUUUCUUAAUAAACCUAUUGCUGUUUUGACAUUCUCGUUGCCAGUGCAGUCAUCGGUGCUAAAACUCCCUGUUAAUAGGCGGGGGCUGAGGAUUUUGCCCGGCUGUUGUGAAUAUGGCCCCCUGCUUCUUUCAAAGGAAAACAGUAGAACAAAUAGAACCAAAAGAAACCCCUAGCUGUUUGAUUCCCCUCCUGCUUGUUGUGCUUAUCCAGCAACUUCAAAUCUUAGUGACAACCCUGGUCAACUGUCUACUCAUAGUGAUAGAGUUUUCAUACCUUUGUCAACAUCUGGCUACUGAAACCUUGAAUGCCCGAAAAAAAAUUUUUAAUGUUAUUGUGUUGCGAAGUUAAAGCAAUUUAGGUAUAAGUUAAAUUUAACAACAAACAGUGUGUAAUGGUAACAAUAUUGCAUACGGGCAAACCACUAGGAAGUGGCCGUCACCCCUUAUGUAACAGCCAGUUAUCCCUUUGAGUCCCAUGAAAGAUAAACGUCAGUUUUCUUCUAAGAUUAUAUUAAUGCUUAAUCAUGUAGAAACGUUUAAAGAAUUAACGAAAUGAUUGCUUAAGGGAAAAUUUUCGGAUAUUUAAACAAAAUUCUCUCAUAUAAUUUUCUAAGUAAAUGUAUAGAGAUUAGUCUGAAGAGUUUGUAUGUGGACAUUGGGACAUUUUUGCUGUUAACUUGGGUAUCCAGUUAUCCAGUGUGAUGCAUACUAGUUUACACAUUCCCAGUAUAUUUCAGUGGUUGAUAGUUACUCUUAGUGUAACUAUAAGUAAUUUGUUGGUUACUUAAAGAUUGAAAAAGCAUUUUUUUUCCUAUUUUUUCAGGAGUACUUUGUGGAUGGAUGGGAAGACUGGCCUGAUGAUUUUGAUGAUUCUGAAAUUCAAGAAAAUGAACUAAACAGCUUUAACCCAGUAAGAUACAUGUAUAGCUCUUUCAAUAUUUGAAAAUUAUCUCAAACACAAAGGAAUGGAGUAGAUAGAGAAUAGAAUGCCUUUGCUUUGGUCUACUGAACAAAAAUGGGUUGAUGACUUCAAACAAAUGUUGGAAAUGGUGAAAGUGAAAGUUUAAGCAAAGUACUGAUGGGAAGAAUGGGUACUUGCAUUGGUCAUCCCUGCCAUUUGGCAUCAACAUGAUUCUUUAGAGAGCUUAAACAACAAUGACAGCGAUGGCUAUGAAAAUGUCACUUAAAAAGUAAAGUCACCCAGCUUCAAACUUUAUCACGCAUAUUCCAUCUCGUUCAAUUGAUCAAAUGUUGGCAAUUUUCUCUGGAGUUGAAUUCUUAAAGACUGUAUCGAAGUUCAGGAAAAGAAAAAGAAAGUCAUUGUUUUGUGUUCACGUCUUCCAUAAAACAUGAAAAUAUGAGGCAUUUUCACAUCGUAGUUGUGCAGUGAUGGCAAAGAAUGUACUGAAAAAAUGUGAUGCACAUGCAGAGCUGUUGUUUUGCCAAUCUACACUUAUUGCCUUUUUUCCGUUCUCGUUGAUGUCACCGUCAUCGUUGCUUCAGCUCCCUAUUAUGUCUCUAUCAUACCAAUGAUAAAAACAACUGGGUAAAAGCUUUAAUUUGAAUGGUCAGACCAGAGCAUGCAUUAAUGAAAAAUUAGAACUUACAACUACGUUAUACAUUGCAUGUUCCUAUAUUAUAUUUUUAAAAGAAUAACAUGGUGUGACUACAUUGGCAAUGAUGGCCAAGCAAUACUGCUAGCUUCACAUUUUUAGCCUUUUGUUUUGUUGUGUAAAAUACCUGACUGACAAAGUCAAAAUUUGUGUUAAUUUGUUUUCCAGGGAAGUGAAAAAUUGGUUGUGCCAGACCGUGAAGAUAGUCAGACCUCGUCUUCGGAGGAGGAUUCACCUCCCCCUGGUAUGGAUCCUGAACUGAAUUCUUGGGUAGAGGAAGAGGCCCCCGACUAUGGCUACACCUCAUAUAACAACUCAGCUGCUUCAUUUUUUGAUGGACAUUUUAACACUCAGCAGCCUGGUAUCAUGACAGAGGUUAGUUUUUGUCAUUUUUGUUCUGUAAAAUAUAUUUUGUAGGUAGUGCAGGUACAAAAUGUUCUUUCAUUAAGUCAACAGGAAACAGUGGUACCACUGGCCACAGUCAGUGGCAGAGGUUGUCAAUGUACAGUGUAUAUAUGUAUUUGUAUUUAUUUGCCACACAUAAAACAAUUACAUAUAAAAUUUUACAGUUUAAAGGUACAAAAAAAUGUACAGGAAGAAAUGGCGAGGAGGUCUAAGGAAACUAUAAAGCUUACCAUAAAAUUCUGAAAAUAAGCCCCUCCAAAUAUAAGCCCCCCAAACUUGUAAUGCCAAAAAACCCCUGUUACAUUGCCCCUCUGAAUAUAAGCCCCCUAUAAGCUAGCCCAACUGAGUUUGAAACGCAAAUUUCCCUCCAUACGUAAUAAGCCCCUCUGAAUAUAAGCCUCUCCAAAAAUAAGCCCCUCAAAAAGGGCCUUUGAAAAAUAUAAGCCCUGGGCUUAUUUUCAGAAUUUUACAGUAUGUUAAUUAGGCCUCCUCAAUUACAAUUUUUUCAAAUGUGUCAUAAAAAUUACGGCGACAGAUACAAAAUAUUAUCAGAUGGAAAAUUAAAAUAACAAUCAAUAUUAAGGAAGUUUACAAAUGUUGAAUAUUAAACAGCUUUUUCCCAAGAUUUUUGUUGGAGUAUACUAAUAAUAAUUAUUACAGUUAGAUGUUCUAGCUUUGUUGUAGCAGCAAUUUUGAAGCUUUGUUGGGCAGGCUCUCUUGUGCUGUUUUGGUGGAGUAGUCUUUUCCUCCCUCCCCUUCACUCCCUGUGUUUUGUUUUCACUGCUAACUGUAUGUAAUUGUACUUGGAUGCAUUUUAAAGGUACUAAUCGCUAGGUUGUGGGGACUGCCACUCAUAGAAUGGUACUUGGUCCUAGCUGGCAAUUCUGUCGUCAGAAUUGUGUAAAAUACAUCUUGUAUUGCUGUUUUGUAAAAUCCCUGUUACAAAAUCAUUUUUCAUAGUUUAAAGCGAGCUGAAAUUACUUUCUUUUUUCCUUAUUGUCUAGCAUGAUGGAAGAUCCUAUGCAAGUGUUUGUCAGACUGGUACCACUGCACCACCUGAUAACAGUCCUUCAUUGCAGCCGUCAAACAGCCUUCAACCAGACUACUGGUCAUCUCCAACAUUCCAGGAUCCAUAUGCUGUCCAAGAGGUCAACCCAGAGGUUACUGAUACCCAGCAAAAUGCACCAACUUUUGAGUCAUGGAGUCGUGAACCUGAGCUUGGCAGCUGGUCUCCUGUGUUUAAUCAUGAUGAUGAAUCAUUUGCUAACUCUACGCAGGACGUACCUUCAACACUGCCUCAGCCUCUGCAGGUUGCUGAUUCCACUCAAGAACCACAGAUCAACUCUUUAAGACCUAGUGAAGAGCUGGAUGCACAUGUACCACAACAGCAAGGUAGGAGACUCAAGUUUUGUCAUGCACAUCCUAACAUAGCCUGCACCACAGAUGAAACUAAACUCUGGUUAAGGUAUCAUCUGCCCUCAAGCACCCUCCUCACGUUGAUCGGCGCUAGCACUUUUGCUUUUAAUUAAUACCCCCAUAAACCGUGCAUUUUCUGAAAGCGUAAUAGUUCCAGAUUAUUGCUAAUUCCUUUUAAAAAAUCAAAAUAUUAACGCAAUUUAGAAAUGAGAAGCUUUUUGUGAAAGUGGGUGUCACUGUAAAUUUAAGUCCAGGCCAGCCAAAAAUAAACGAAAGAAGCCAAUUAAGAUCGCAUUUGCUUCUUAACACUUUUGACUAAAAAACCAUGUCUCAGAUUUUUGUCAAGUGCGUUUGUUCUUUUGUUACAAGCAAUUGAAGUUAGGGAUCCAGCAAAUCAUUAGCACUACCUGUGAAAAAACUACUCUAACUCGAAAACGAAAAAAGAAAUCAAAAUUCGCAGACACGGUUUUUUAGAAAAACUAUCCGACAGUAAGUUGGCCAAAUUUCAGCCAAAUUGGUUCACAGGUUGCCAACUUGGAGUUUAAAACGUACCCUCAACUUGCCCUGAUUUUCAUUUCGAGAAAUCAGUGGAAAAAGAGUUUUGGUGGCGUAUUUCCCGUGACGAGAUUAUAACAGAUUAUAACACCAAAGCUGUCAAUGUUGAUGUAUACCAGAGAAGGGACAACAAUAGAGUCACAACAGGAAAAGGUCAAAAACGAAACCCGACAACAGAUGAACAAUUUAUUUCAAAGGCUUUUCUCGGUUUGGUCCUUUCUGUUGUCUAGAGAGCAUCAUUACUUAUUUGCGAUGGGCUGUUUUCAUUUUUGCACUGGGCAAGCCAAGUUGAGCCAAGCCCACUUUUAAACAAUUUCUAAAAGUUCGACACUUCCCUGGAGAAAUUGACAACAAACCGCUUCCUGGAGUUUUGAAGCUUCUCUCCCGCUACAAUAGACUUUCAAAACAGUCCUUCGUCCGAUUUUUAUACGGCGCGGGACAUCUCGCGACUUCAUCGCUGGCCUGACUGCUUCGCGGCCAAAAAAGCUUGUCCCGCUCACUAAGAAACUUGUUAAACUCGAUUCCGUGGUGGUUUCAAUGGUUUUUCAAGAGCUUUGUCAUCUCUUAGGCAUUUUUCUUGAUUGUAGUAGUAGCCCUUCUCUCUCUCUGCUAAUUUUGAAGCCCACUCUUUGCAAAAGGAUUUUGUUGUCUUCUUUUGUCUUGGAGUCGUGUACGAAAACGGACAAGCUUUUUUUUCUUCUUUGGAGGCAUUCAUUUCCAAAAUCCAGGGAAAAACAGUGAGUACUAUACUUGUAGACCACGAUUUCUGUCAGAUUGCGUGAUAAGCUUGGUUCAACAGCGACAUGCGUAUCAAGUAUGACGUAUCAAGUUUUGAUCUCCAUAAGUCUGCACAGAAAAAACAUUUUUUCCUGGAUUUUUUUUAAAAGAAAGCUCUUCAUUAGCUCUAUUUAAUCAUUUAAAAAUUGCAAAUUUCGAAAAAUUAUGAUUUUUUACCCUGGAUGAUACCUUAAGUCUGUGUGCGAAACAGCGCUGGAAUCCUUGUUUUGGUCCCCCAGCUGUGUACUAGGAUUUUAGUACGCUCCAUGAUUAGCCUGUUAAAAAAGACAUUGUUGAUUUGUCAAUGAAGAUGAAAGGAAAUUUGAAAUGCACUUGCGGUGAUUCAUUGAGUUCGUUGGGGGCCCAGAACAGGGAUUUCGGGGCUUCUUAAUUUGCACACGAUACUAACCAAGGUUAAAUAAUGUCUGUGAUGCAGGCUAAUCCUAACACUUUAAGAUUUUAACUACCAGAAGGCAUCACUUAACACAUGCACUUUUUUCUCGAAUGUUACAAGUAGUUUCAAGUGAUUGGUUCAAGUGUGUGAUUGUUUAUCAUAUGACUGGCUCUGCAAGUGGGCAAGGUGGUGAAACACACCAAGGCAAUGAAUUCAGAGAAGAGCGUCCUAUGUUCAAAGAAUAUCCUGAAAGCUAAAAUGGGCUCCCCUGAAGUAGGCAAGAUAGGUCUGUCUUGCCAUCAUUUUUGAUCAUUGGAAUAACUUGAACUAGAAGUUGAGUUAAAAUAAGGCCUAAAGUUGCCCAUUACAAAUUAUUUUAAAUAUUCAAAAUAUAUUUUGGAUUUUCCCUAAAGUAAUGUCAUCUCCUAGCCUUCAGUCUUUUAAAGCACACUGAUUUUCCUGGUAUCUUUAAUAUAAGUUUAUGCAUUAUUAAUUUUUAUAAUUUAUAGUCUUUUAUAGUCAUUUGAAUAUUUAAUUUUUUUUUUUUUUUUUCAAUGCCACUUCCUCAGCAUGUUCUGGCUAGACUUUUUGUCUUGCUCAUUUAGGAUCAUAAUUUUAUUUCCCACCACUUCUGAAGGGCAGCAAGACAGUGCUUGGUCUGCACUUACUGAAUCUGACCUACAGAAAGCAGCUUUGUGGGGGAACCUACCAGAUGUUCACCCUCCUUCAGGUCAUGUGCCUGUUGAGAAUAGCCCAUUCCAUCAAGACACAGCUGCAGUGAGUCAUCAGAGCUCAUCUGGAUUAUUCCAAGAAACUAUGGCAUCUGAGACAGAUCAGCAAUCCUCAGUGCAGCAAUACCCUGGAAUGGAAAGUCCAUCUGGGGUAUUCCAAACAAACAUGCCUUCUGAGCAAGAUCAACAAUUUUCACUGCAGCAAUACCCAGUGAUGGAAAGCCCAUCUGGAUUUUUUCAAAUCAACUCAGGCUCAGAGCCGGUCAUCAAUGAAGACAAUACCUUGGGUCAGUCGAUGAGCCAUCCUAAGUCCAUCGCUGAUUCAAUGCAAAAUGACCCAGAGGAUCUUUCUGUGGCAGAGGAAAGUCCAUCUAUGCAGCCAUUACACCAGGAUGCCGAUUCAAUAAUCAAGCAGUCAUUCUCUGCUGAGCAGAUGCAGCCACAAAUGCAAAUGUCAUCUGCUGUGGCAAAUGAGGCAUUUUACCCUUCUCAAGAACUAGGACAGCAAAUGUACAAUCCAAAUCUUUUUUAUGACCGGCAGAUGAAGGCAGAUCCAACUCAAGAAGAGAGGGUUGCUUCUGAGGAAACACAUCAGACAAAAGAACCUCAAUUUGAUGAGCUGCAACCAUGGCAACAGCCAAUAGCUGAUCCAGUGAGGGAAGUGGAGUCAUCGGUUGAAGAACCAAGUAAUUUGCAUCCUAGUCAUGAUAGUUCGGCCUUUGAAUCCUCACUGAUGCCACAGGUUAAUGAACUUCCUCAAGAACAAGUUUUUCUUUCAACUGGUGCCAUUAGUGAGCAGGAAAAGUCUGAUAUGGCUCAAAAUAACUUCCUUCCUGGUUAUAAUGAGGCAAACUCAGAACCCACACAACUGCAAGAGUUUGAGAUCACUCCAACAAAAACUUCUGAGCAGCCAGCCAUUGCAGAUGAUUUUCAGAAUUCUUUUGACCAAAAUAAUUCAACUACAGAUUCCAUACAGCUAGUGCCAGCCAUUGUUUCUUCAAGGGGGUUUUCUGGACAGUCAGUGACUCCUGAUAUUUCAUAUCCAUCAGAUAGUGUUCAGGGACUCUUCGGGAAUGAAAAUAUAACUUCAGAAUCUUCAAAUCCAUGUGAAACUCCUCAGCAGUUCAUUAAACCAGAGAUUCCUGGUGCUCCUGACAUCCUUCAGGAUUCAUUCCACCUUGACAAUUCAAGUGCAAAUUCUUCAAAUCCACUGGAACUUAAAAUGCCUUCAAGAGAAUCUUCUAAACAAUCACAAACACCAGAUAUUCCUAUAGAACCAGACAGCCCUGGGGAUGCUCUACAGGCUGCGUUUCUACAGAAACAACUUGCUGGAAAGGCACCAGCUGCAUCACCACGGACAUCCCUGUGGAUGAAUGGCACUGUGCUACCAACUCCCUGCGUUUUAGCGCCAGCUGCUGUUGUUACCCCAGUUGAAACACCACAGUUGCACGAAAAUGACCAAGCUCCUACUUGCAACAAACAGGUAUGACAUUUGUUAAAUGCCUGGGUGAGUUCUUAGCCCUAGAAGUCCCAAUAUCCACUUACAAAAGACUGCUCUCCAGAAAAAAUAAAAAAUGACACUUUUGUUCAAAUCUUAGUUAAACUGUGCUCGGACAUGAAGCUUUUCAUGUGCUGAACAUGAUUUGGAUGUUGAAUAUCAAAGCCAACCGAAACUGACAGAAGUGUGUGUGUUCAGUUGAUUCAAACAGCCAUAUUUUUAUUCAAAUAGAGUACAGUGGAACCUCUAUAAAAUGAAGGCCCAAAGGAAUGAAUCAAAUACUAUGUUGACUAGGAGGAGGUUUUGUUAUGUUAAGGCUCUUUUCCACAUAAUCUGCUAUUACCAGGGCAAAGAAUAUCAUUAACCCUUUAAGUGCCGAUAGUGACCAAGAUCAAUUUUCUCCUAACAAUAUCCAUAUGUUACCAAGAGAAAUGGUUAUGAGAGUUAAUAAAAUGAUCACCUAAGAAAAAAUGCUUUGAUCUUCUACCAAAUUCUCUCAACUUAUUCCUUAAGGAAAUGUAUAAAGACCAGUUUGGAGAAUUUGUAUGUGGAUAUUGGGGCUUAAAGGGUUAAUUUUGUUAUACUGAAGACUUCAUUAUUAUAGAGGCUCAUUAUCUUUAAUCUUUAAUCACAGUUCGUAACCAUACAUAACAGAUACAAAUGAACUAAUACUAACAUAUACAAUCGAACAAAAAUACAAAAAUGGUUAACAGGAUGGUAGUAGGGGGAAACCAAAUUCCCAUGCUAAGACAUACCUUCCAAAAAAGAAAAAAGAAAAAAAAGAAAAAAAAAAAUUAAUUAAUAUAUAAACAUAUAUUAAAAGACUAUAAAUUAGAUUAUAAAUUAUAAACCUAGAUGCCUAAUAAUAAUGCAUAAACUUAUAUUAAAGACACUAUGCCUAAUAUUUUAAGGUAAAUUAUGAAAUCAAAACUUUAAAAGACUGAAGGCUUGACAUUACUUCAGAAGGCAAAGAGUUCCAAUCAUUAAUAUAUCUAUGAAAAAAUGAAUAUUUAAAAUAAUUUGUACGGGCAACUUUAGGCCUUAUUUUAUACUCAUGCUUACUUUUAGUUCGAGAUGGCAAUUGAUAUCACAGUAACCAAAUAUAAUCUUAUACGUUUGAACUAGGCUAAGAUAUUUCCGUCUCAGUUCUAAAGAGUCCCAUUUUAACUCUAACAGUCUUUCAGGAUAUUCUUUGUCGGGGCCACAUAUUAGUCGGGACACUCCAUUCAUGGUUGAAUUCUUGAUACCAUCUUGUUUGAAUAACCAAAUGUCCUUUAAUCAAGACUUGUUAGUUUAGCACAAAUUGAGUUAAUGUGAUAAUCCCAUGAUUCCAACCAAAGUCCCAGGUGUUUGUGGUGGUCCACUUCCGGUAGUAAGAUGUUACUCUUAUUGGAUCAUUCUUCCGUGUAAUGUCUUGAUGUCUUACUGUGCCUGUCUGAUUGCUAAGUUGCUUACUGAUAUUUUCUACUGUAUGAAAGGCUUGGUGUGUGAAUCAAAUGGUUGGCCCAGCAAUCCAAAGUUUGAUGUAUCCAUUCGUGGUUGAUUCCUGUGUGUUAUUUGGACUCCCGAGAUGUCUAAACUGAACCAUUCCAUCUUUUGUUACACCUACAUUGAUGCAACCUGACAGUGUGGACAAAAACAUCCCUGUUGUAGUCAGUCAGCAAAGUCCAGCAGUCCAUUCUCAAGGUACAUCACCCCCUGUUGUCAUCCAUCAGCAGGUGCUGUCUGGAGAAUUACCGGUUUCUGCAAACCCUUACAACCAGGGUAGUGAACUUCCUCCUGUGGUCAAUCAACAAAUACCACCUGCUCCAUUUGCUCCAGGACCAACACCUCCUCUUGUACAUCCUGAUAGCCAGGGAGUAGGGCAUCCUGUGGCAGUCAGUCAGCAGAUGCCGCCUGCUUCAUACUUUGGCGGAGUAACAUCUGUGUCAACAGUCUAUGAUGGACAGGUUACAGAGCUUCCAUCAGCGUUAAAUCCUCAGAUGUCUUCAGCUUCGUCUGCAUUUGUGACAACACCUGUGCCUACACAUUCUGACAGCCAGGGAACAGCACUCCCCCCUGUGACCAAUCAACUAAUGGCACCACAUGGACAGUCUGUCAGUGGAGCAUAUACUAUGUCCGCACACCCAGGUAAUAACGUUACAGAGUUUCCACCUGCAGUCAAUGAACAAAUACAACCUGUCCCAUCUCCUCUUGGAUCAACUCAUGCAUUCAUGCACCCUAGUAAUGAGAGUACAGCAGUUCCUGCAGUGACCAGUCAGCAAAUACAGUCAUACAAUCCUAUCCCUGCUGGGGUAACACCUGUUCCCCCAGGCUCUGUUAAUGAGAGUACAGUGCCUUUUACUGCAAAUAAUCAGGAAAUAUCUUCAGUUCCACCGACUAUCAAUGACUCUAUGCAAGAGCGACAUCCUAGUCGUGUGGUGCCAGCAAUUGAGUCAUCACCAGUGGCUGCAAAACAACAACAAAAAGCUGAAUCUGCUAAUCCCAUGUCAUUAGCUUCUCUUCUUCAGGGAGGUCAACCUCGACCAAAGAAAAAGACCUCACAACCAUCUGCAGUACCUGCACCAGAUGCGGGACCAUCCUUUGCUGCCAUGGAUUCAGUGAAUUCAUUUUCAGACAAUCCACCAUCAGAAUCCAUUAAUUCACACUGUGCUCCUUCUGCUGAACAACUUAACAGUGGAUUAGAACCAAAGCCUCUGCAGAACUCAUCUCAACAAAUUGGACAUCAGUCAUUUGAUUCUCCUAGAAGACAAGAUGAGUCACAAAAUUCUUAUGAAAGAGAUUAUAAUAACCCUUAUUCACAAGAAAAACAAAGGGUCCCUAAUGAAUCAGCCUAUCAUGGUACUGCAGACCCCCAUGAUAGAAGGGAUAAUUAUUAUCAACAUGAUCAAAGAGACUCUUAUAAGAGCCAUAAUAGAAGGGAUCCUUACCAACAUGAACAUGACAGUAGAGAUCUUGAUAGACCAUAUUAUGAUAGAAGGGAACCUGAAAGAAGGAACUUUGACAGGAGAGGUGAAUAUGGCCGAAGAGAUAGCGAUUACGGUCGGAGAUCAUAUGACAAUUCUAGGGAAUAUGAUAGAUGGAGUUAUGAUGGAAGAGAUUAUGGCCGCAGGGACAGUUAUAACAAUCGGGACUCUUAUUACGACUAUGGGUACUCUCCCAGAAUGGGAAGGCAUGGAUACAAUGAUGGCCGUGGCUCAAGAGAAGAUCUAUAUAGAGGUUCUAAUCAAUACAGUGGACGCAGUACACCAUCGUCACAGGACAGAAACAGUCCUGGUCCAUAUGAUUAUUCUGCUUCUCCUUAUGCGUCGCACCAGUACGGAUAUCCUUCUUACACUGACUCACAUUCCAUGGACCUUUAUCAGUAUCAGUAUAUGAUGUACCUGUACCAAUUUCAUCCUCAACAUUACGAGCAAUAUUGCCAACAGCUGGGAUAUUACAGCUCAGGAUAUACACCAGAGCAACUAGCUCAGUACUAUGCAGGAUAUGGCUACGGAAGUUCACAGCCCACAGAGCAAGGUAAGAAUUAUAUUUCUCUUUUGCUACAGUCAACUGUCUCUUAACUGACACCUCUGUAGGACACCUAGAGUUGGUCCCUGCCUUUUUUUAAUCCUUUUAUUUGACUCUCUGUAAGAUGGGCAUUGCUCUUAGUCAGCCACUUUGUGCUAGUCCCUGCCCAAACGUGUUCGUCUUAGAGAGAAUUCACGGUAUUUGUGUAGAGACAAUAAUUGAUUCUCUUCGAGAUGCACCUCUUGCUGUCGGUCUUGUGUAGAGGAGGCAUCAGUUAAGAGAGAGUUUUACAUGUAUAUUUUUCUUUCAUAUUACUUUCUAGUAGCGUUCAGUGUCCCCUGGCAACUACGUAGCAUUUUGCUUUUGGAUGAUGAGGAAAUAUUAGUUUUGUAGGUCAAGAGCUGUUUUACUCGCUAAAAUUUUUCUUAAAUUUACACAUGUCAAAGUUUUAUUGAAUAAUGUCCCUGGCAAGUGAUAAUAAACUGAAGGGCGGCCUGGACUGAAGCCCUUACAGAGACUUCUGAUAAAAUGCAAGAUUCUCUUUUGUACCUUGUAUUUUCCUGAUAACUGAAAGGAAAAUUUGGUCCUAGAUCAGUAGUCACUUAGGGUCUUUCUUUUUCCUGUUUUUCUGUUUUUCUGCAUAUACUUGAUAAUAAAAGGGUAAUUUGGUAUUAGACCAGGACUCACUUAGGCCCUUUCUUUCCUGUUUUGUUAGCUUCAGAGCAAGAGGUACCUCAGCCAGAACCAGAAAGGUUCACACCACUUUUAUACCGGGUGCAGCAUCCUCUGGUGCGCUUUAGUGGGGGCAAACUGGUAUCUUUAAUUGGAAGUGAAGACAGUGAGACACCAAAAUGCACCCUAGCUUCAGUUCAGGUGAGACACUUGAUGAUUACUUCUGUUGGUAAUUUUUGUGAAAUAUCCAUCCUCUAGCCAUCCAUAUUCCAUGCACUUUAUUAAACAAGUUUGCAAAUUUCAUUUUGUAAAGUUUUGAAAAUAAAUAGCACUAUGUGAAAGUGCAGACAGAGUGCUUUCAUUUGAAUGAUCACAUCAUAGGAUUUCAUCCACAGACUUAAAAGUUAGAGUCACCUUACAAAACUCCAUCAAGCACUCUGGCAGUGAAAGGGUUAGAGUUUUGCAUUGUUUAUUAAGUUUUUCAUCUUUUGGGGGCAGUGUUUAUUUGGGGGCAGCACUUCCCUUGACCUCACCAUUUGUGAUUAAGAUGGUACUACGACAUCUUUCUUUCCCUUUUUUGUUUGUAAGCUACUGAUAAAAAAAAAACAGUGUUAUUCUGUCAUUAUUUUGGAACUUUGACUUUUAUUAAGGUCUUGUUUACACUUUGCUUUGCCUGUUGUUUGGAUGCUGGAUUUUUCAGAUAGAUUGUAAAACUAACCAGAUUUCCUAUAUUCUUUCAACGUACAGAUGGUUUUUAGCGUUGAAGAUACAGAAGUUAUUAAACUCUUUCCUGGACCACUUUCAAGGUUUGUCUUUUUUUCUGUAGCUCAGUGCUGAGUGUGAGAGGUCAGUUAGAAGUACUUAGUUGGCCAAAAAGUCAAAGUUCUGUAUCAUUUGAAUGCCCACUUAACAACAACAACAACAAUAACAACAACAAAACUUUUUUGAGAAGCAAAUAAUAUAACAAAAGUACUGCCUGCUGCAUGCUAGCAUGGCUAUUCAAGAUGGGACAAAAUGUGGGCAAAAGAAAAGAAGAAAUUAAAGGGAACCUCCACUUCAACAAAAAGAUAACUUUAAAUCACAGGAAAUAACUGUUACAGUCAAGUCAAUCUAAAAUAUUUUUAAAGAAAGCGUUUGUAUCCGAAAGAAAUAACAACAAAAUUUUUGUCUUCAAAUUUUUGUUGGCGUCGCCAUCUUGAAUAAAUAAUAUAAACAAAAAGCUCUUUGUGUCUGAACAAUGCAGCAACCGCAUGGCAAUUAUUCAAGAUGGGAGAAAUUUGAAAGUGAAAAAUAAUUUUUAAAACUUUUCCUGAUAUAAACACUUUUUUUAAGACAAAUUUCGAACAAAUUUGUUUAUCAACAUAAUUUUAUUCGAUUUAAACUUAUUCUGUAGUAAGAGUGGAGGUUCGCUUUAAGAUUAAGCCUAUAAUUAAGGAACUCCAUAGAAAUUACCCUAAUUCAGCUUGCUCCAAGGCUAGUUGCUACUUCAGUUUACUAGUGUAAAGUAACGUUUGUGAGAAUCUGGAGACUGUUUGUGUUCUUUUUGUAGCCGGUACUCAAGCAGAACUGAGGUGAUGGCAUUCUGUGAGAAGCGAAGCUGUGGAGCCAUCUUGACCACUGAUGGUGUUGUAAAAUCUUUGGUUUGGAAGGUCUUGGGCAGUCUUGUUAAACACAAUGGAGUGAGUAAACCUGUCUUGUUGUACUUUGAAUCACUGCUAUCAGUACCACGAGAUCAGGUUUUACCUUGUUUAGUUAUAAGGAGCACACCUGCAAGUGUAUAUUCACUUAGCCUAUUUUUGCCCCUCCAAUUAUAAUCCACCCAAACUCAUAACGCAAAAAAUCCUCCGUUGAAUAACCCCUCCAAAUAUAAGCCCCCGGGGCCUUGUACUUGGAAAUUUCCCUCAAAUACAAAGUAAAACAAAGCAAAAACGGUAAAUUUCCUUCCAACUAUAAGGCUAGCCCAAUCUAUUUUGAAACACAAAUUUCCCUCCAUAGAGGAGCCCCUCCGAAUAUAAGCCCCUCCAAAAAUAAGCCCCUCAAAGAAAGGGCUUUUGAAAUUUUUGGAAUUUUAUGUUAUUUAUCAUGAAAGUGCCAACUGGGGACACUAUUUUUACGUCACCUACUUGAGACGGAACCACCAUUUUUUGUUGUCAUCCAAGCCACACAAAGGUCCAGCUGCUUGCAGUGCAAAAGGAGUGCCUUCAUUUCUCAAUUAUUUUAAGACCCUGAGUAAUGGUCUGGCCUCGGGAAUAAAACCCGUGACCUCUUGCUCUGCAGUCAAGCGCUCUACCGACUGAGCUAAUCCUGCCGCACUUUGAAUCUUCAGGCCUUUGUGGCAUGUGACCUUGCUGAAGUAAUAAUGGAGAACUGGAGAAGUUCCAAUGACCGUGGGGAGAAUGACUUUCUUGCCCCUGAGAGUUUGCCUCCUACAGAGAUUGAUACCAACCAACAUGUGAUGGUAUUCAGAGAGAUGCUUUUGGCUGGAGCAACUAAGGUAAAGAUUGUGAAGUUGUCUUUCAAAAAAAUUAAAAGGUGUCUUAUUUUUUGUCAGCUGCAAUUUGGCGAAUGCUGCUGUUGUUUGUCAUCUUGGCUAACAGUUUUUGAGCUCUAAGUCUUAGGCAGUUUGUUUUGGAACGCUUACCUAGUGUCAUCUUUUAUUUUAUCUCUCAUGGUUUACCUCUUGUAAGUGGCCACACAAAUGCGAAGAUUUAAGAAGUGUUUUUUUUUUUCACACAAGAAUAGUGUAGUACAUAGAGCAAACGUAGAGAUCAGACCAUGCAUCAAGAAUUCACUUACUUACAAGAGGUUAAAAAUGAAAAUGUCUUUUACUAGACAGCUCUCUAAGCUGUGACCAUUUUGGUCUCCAUAAUACUGGUAAGUGGAAUAAAAUGAUCGUAAAUAAAAUUUCAGCAGAAUCCACUGAUUUGCCUACCUGUCACUAUAGCAGCUAUGUGCUAAUCGGGAGCAUUUUUAUCAGUUGUGUUUAUCGUCUUUCUAAGUCUUAUAUGAAAUGGAGAACACGUCGCGAAAAUGAGUGUGUUUCCCUCAUUUUCGUGACAUUUUCUCCAUUUCAUAACAAAAUAUUUGCAUCUUACCCUGGUUGUGUAGGUAGCCUUGAGAUGGCCAUGCACCUCCAAAUUAGUUAAGCAGUUAUUUUCAACUUCCCAUAUUUAAUGUUAAAGAAAGUGUCCUGUUUUGUUCUGGCAGCCAAUUUUUUAUGUUUGGCAACCAUUCAAUAAUUUUAGAUUGCCAAUUAUAUGGCAACUUUGAAAAAAUUUCAGCUCAGAGCACUUGAGGUUCCAACCAUAGGGCUUUGACUUUGAAAAAUUGGGGCGUUUUUUAGUGUUGUGGAAACCAUUGUUGGUUCACCUUGAGUUGUACUGUUGUGAGUUAUUGUUCAGCAUCGCAUCUGUUCUCCUGCAUCACUCCAACAAAAGGUGCAACUUUUCAAAGUCUCAGCUUUAAGUGUGCUUCUAUAUUGCUGUGAGUCUUGGGUCCUAACAUCCAACCUCUGUCGUCAACUUCAUUCCUUCCAAACGUCUAAGUUGCCUUAGAAUCAUACUUGGCAAGGAAGUCUAUGGUAGAGCACCAGGGACAGUCCCCCUUUCCCAAUCAGUUAAAGCCCAAUGGCACCCCCAGGGGAACCUUAUUUCUAAAAUAAUAUGCUCUGUACCACCCAACACAUUGUAAACCAAGACCUGGUGGGCAUAAAAUUCUAUUCAACGAAUAUGAUGGAAAGCUAAUCAGUCCAGAAAAUCCCCCCCUUCCUCACAAAAUCUGUACUUUGGCACAGGACCACAAAGCCUGGAAGCGCAUGGAGGUCAACUCUUGGCAUCGCUGGAAACCCCCAUGAGUGCCUCGACCGAGCAGAGAGAAAGAGAGAGAUCCUUUCACAACAACUAAAAACUAACAAAAAUUGGUGUUUUGCAUUGGUGGUUACUUACGUGAUGUCAGGUCUCACAUGGAGGGUUGACUGUGUAUCAAAAGAGUAUUUUAUUGUAAUUUAAUAACAUUAACCAGUUGUCUAAAAUAUUGCCAUGUUUGUUGUUUUUCUUCUGCAGGAUGCUCUUGAAUACUGCAUGAGGUACCGACUUUGGGGACAUGCUAUGAUGCUAUCGUUAAAGCUGGAUAAGAAGAUUCAAGUGGAAGUGUCCAAUAGGUAGAAAACCUGUUGAUAAGUCUUACCUUUUUAUGUGGCAAAAUUAUCUAUCAAUUGAAACAAUAAUAUUAAUCUGGCCUUUGUUAAUUAAUCGCAGGUUUUUGAAGACAAUGACAGACUUUGAUCCAAUACGGACUGUUUAUGAUCAUCUCUCUGGAAGGCAACCUGUAGCAUUAAUGGUAAGUUACCUUCCUGAGGAACAAACCACUGAGAUGGUACACGUUUAAUGAAAGAGUGAUUUUAUUUCAAAACACUUGUGAACCAUAUGAGAAACAGUACCAUAAGAGUUGAACUGCCCUUGCUGAAAUUCCUAGGGGCGGGAGGAGGAGGGGGGGCGGGGUUGGUACUCUGGAUUUCAAGUGAUGGGGAUGAUUGGAUGGGGGCAGAAAUCAAAACCCAAAAAAUCCCUAGGGCUUCCAACAAACCCUUCCCCCCCCCCCAAAGAAACCAUGGACCAAAAAUUAUACCCCAGAAAUUCCCAUGGCAAAUAUCUGAGCCUUAUUAAGUGGUUUUAUGAAACAGGUGUAAUGUACUACGUUAAAUAUUGGGAUACGCUGCCACUAGCACAAAUCUUCAGAUUGUUUUGAAUACUCCCGCCCCUCGGACUGAAGAUAGCAAAUUUCUGAGAUAGUAAAUUUCUGAGCCUUAUUAAGUGGUUUAUGAAACAGAUGCAAUGUACUACGUUAAAUAUUGAACAGCCGCAAAACAACGCAGCUGGGAUACGCGGCCACUAGCACAAAUCUUCACAUUGUUUUGAAUACUCCUGCCCCUCGGACUGAAGAUCUCCAAGCAUGUACACUUUCAAUAGUCUCCUCAAAGUAGACUUAGUUGUGGACAGAACCCAGUAGCAGAAGAUUAAAAAACAUGUGUGAAGGAUUUUAUUAUUAUUUCUAUUUUCAAGAAAAAGAUCUGGGUCCAAAACUUUUUUCAAGAUCUUUAGGAUUAAUUCUUCCAUCAGAAGUUGAGGCAUGACGAUUGAUUUUUAACGUUUUUUCUUUGUUUGUUUGUUUGUUUUUUUUUCUUGGUGUACUGUAGUGUAAUAAGAGACUAAAAAAUUCUUAUUUGUUGUACUGUCUGGAUUUUAAGUUUACUAUGGGCAACACACUUGUCAACAAAAUAGAAAUUUCUGGAUCGCUGGCAUUUAUGAUGUUAGGCAAAAACAGUAAUUUGUUGUUCAACUGAACUUAACAUUCUUUUUAUUUUGUUUACUCUGUAAUCGUUUUUUUGUUCUUCAGACCCCUGAUGACUGGCAAAGAAGCUUGGCAGCAAUGGUUGCCAACCCCCCUCGUCAACAUCCACAGUGUAUCAAGAAGAACAUAACAUGUCUAGGGGAUACUUUGAGUAAGUGUUUUAAUCAAAGUAUUUGCAAGUAUCCAUAACUUGUAAUCGCUACAUUGAGGCUGUGUGGUCAAGCUGUAGUAGUGCGGGACUUGGAAUCUAGAGGCCAAAUGUUCUAAACCUAAAGCCCUUCCCUGGCCAUUAGCUGGACUUGUUUCUCAUUGGUACUCAGUUUAACUCCCCAUACUUAAGGGUUAAAGGGUAAAAUUGAUCAUUUUAAUUUUUAUCUGAUUUUCCUUCUCUUUCAGUGUCUAAUGAACAGGUGUGGGCUGCACAUCUUUGUUACCUGUUGGCCGGUGAGAAAUUUGGCUUUCCAACUGAGGAUAAAACCAAGAUGGCCAUAAUGGGAAUCAACCACAGGUAAAGCGUCAAUAAACAAAAUGUUCUAUCUCUAUCGAGAACAUGACAAUAGUAGUGUUGUUGAUGUCUUAGUAUUAACAUUGCUAACACCAUUGUUUUGACUUGACACCAAGAGAUAGCCACUGCAUCUCAUGAUCUGUACAACUUAAAAGACACUUCAAGUUACACGUAGCAUUUAAUACGGAAUAGAACCCUUUAGCCCCCCCUGUUAAAGCAACACUGUUCAGCUAAAAAAGUGGGUAAGAAAUAAGGAAAUGAUCAACAGAUGAAAGGGUCUUGAUCAUUUGACAAAUUCACCACACCAGUACCAUAAGGAAUGUAUAGAGAACGGCUAAGAGAAUUUGCAUUUGGUAACUACUUAUAUACAAUCCAUUUCUGCAGUCCUAAGUGCUCACUUAGACCUAGAAAAUAGUUCAUUUAUGGGUGUUCUAAUGGCUUCUUUGAGAGCAGGUUAUACAACAAUGGUAAAUCCUGCCACUGGAAUUAAGAAUUAGUCUUGGUAGUUUUGUUCUCAUGAUAGUUUUGAAUUUUUCUAAUCCUUUGUUUGUCUUGUGCAUUUUAGAACCAACAAAAUUGCAGAGCAACACCUUCCCUUGGAGAAUUUGCAGAUGAUGGAGGUAUGCUGUGAAAUGUUCAAUUAAAUUUUAAUUGAAGAUUUAAGAAUCUUUCAGCUGUUUUGUAUUUUGAGAUAUUUCUGCAUCACUUGUUGCAGUGUUAUAAAUAAUUCUAAUUGGUGAUUUUUUUAUAAGGUCCUAGAAUAUGCCAUCAGCCUCAGUGAUGAAGAGUUCUUUAUUCCAGUCUUACAGGUUUGUUUGUUUGCACUGUAAUUUGUAGCGUGUGUGUUAACAUGCAAUAAUUUUGUUACCUUUUACCAUUUUAAGGGUACUUAUAUUCAAGCGAGAGUCUGCUUUUUAAAAAAUUAAUACCCAUUUUGGUGCCCCAGAGGUCUGGUUUGCACAUCCUUGUACAUACCAUCCUAUUGAGAUUUUAAAGUGGAGUUACGAGGGUCAAGCAGUUAGCUUGCUCUGUUCUAGACCUACAGGGCAAUAUUUUGAGCUUUGAUUGUUGGCACAGGACUGUUUUGAGGUCGUUAACUUUGUUCUACACUGCCUUACUCCACAAAGGCAUCUAAAUGAUUAUACUGUACCCUUGCAGUGGGCAAUAAAUGCCCACUUAUUUCACUUAUUUCAAUCACCCCAUUCCCUAGCCCCACUCCAUCCCUUGCCCUUUCCUCCUGAAAAGGGACAGGAGUACUUUUAGGUGUUUCAUGACGCACGAACUUAACUUUACCCUUUGGUUUCAAGGGACCAAAUUGGUGAGAACAAAAGUUAAUGUUCCAGUCUCACUUGUUGUUUGUCUUUCUCAGUCAUUCAAAUUUGUACAUGCCAGCAAGUUGGCUGAGGCUGGUUUCACUGAAGAGGUGAGCUCUAAAAUGCUGAGUCUUAAUGUACUUGCUUUAGAACUAAAAGCUUCAUUCUUUAAAGAUACUGGCGUUAGACAAAAAGGCAAACAAGUUGUAAGUCAACAAAGCUGAAAUCAUUUUAUAUCAGCUGCACUGCUUGUGCAGUUUUGACAAAAUUAAUGGUCUGGCUAAUGACGUUGCAGUAUUAGCCCUAUUUUAUAUGAUAUUUUGAAUAUUAAUAUUAUUGUUUGCAUGGGUAGGAUGCUUUGCUAUACUGCAAGUUAGUUUAUUUUUAUUCAUAAUUCUGAACAUUUAAAGUGUUUCUUUUAAUGAACUGAGGAAACCAGAAUAUCAUAAAGCCUGGAAUUAUUACAGCCUUUACAGUUUGUUUAUUUAACUAGAAAAUAUUAUUAAUAGCCUGAAGAUUUUGUAUUACAAAAUUUUUAUUAGCAUCCUACCAAUGUUUAUUAGUAUUACUAUGUUAUGAUUAUCAUCAAUAUAACUGGCAUUCAUGGGUUUUUUCCAUACUGCAAAUGUUCUAAUAAUAAAUGAUUACUCUUGUGAAUAAUGACAGACUUAACAGAUUCCAUUUGAUUAACUAAAGAUACAGUUAAACUUGUUAUUAUAAUGACUGUUUUUGCAGUUUAUUGACCAGAGUAUUUUGUACCUUGUUUCUCCCUUAACAACAACAACUUUUAUUCACCCCUUAUACAUAUGAAAGAUGAAAUUUACAUGCAAUAAAAAUUAAAGCUAAAAGGGGUCUUGGCUUUGUAAUUGCAGGCUCUCCACUAUCUAGAGCUCAUUGGGGAGGUGAUUAUAAAACAUCCCACUCACUGCAAUGUAACAUUAGCAAAGAAUGUGCGAGAGGUAUGUUGAAACUAAUGACAUAAUAUUUUGGUUUAGUAUUAAGUUGCAUAAAUGGGUAUAGCUAUAGUUUAAGUUAUAUUGCUGUAGUCAUUGUUUACAAUUUUGCUUAUUAGCAUACAAGUUAAGGCAAAAGUUGAAAGAGCUGAUUAACUUUGUGAAAUUUUCAGUUCUUUGCUUUGUUCAUUAUUUAUUUUAACCUGUUGCGUUUUUGAUGCUCUCAUUGUCAUCACUUUUGUCACUGCUUAAGAUCCCUAAUGUCUUUGAGAUGACAACUAAUUCUAAGUGGUCCUUUACACUUUAAAUGGCAUUGAGGAAGUAAACAUAGUUUUUAGUAAUUUAACUUCAUGACGAAAAUGGUCAGUGAGGAGUAGUGUCCAUGUUAAAGACAUCAAAGCCAUAACGUGACAUUUGGUAAUAUAUCUCUAAGACCAAAAGGAAUGUCCCUAAUAGAGGGUUUUUCUUAUCAUGGAGGAAGACAUUUGACUGUAUUGACUCUUCUCUUCAGCUAACUGAUCACCUUACAAGUGACAAUCAGGAGGCUGCUGAUCUGUUGGAGAUGCUUGAUAAGGUUCUUCAAACCAAAGAGGUUAGAUAAAACUUGUUUACAAUUUAAGCUGUUAUUGAAAAACUUUCAAUUUUGUCAUUUUAUGAUACAAGAUCAUUUUAUUAUUUGCAUUUGAGAGAAAAGCUGCCUGCAUUUUGUGCUUAUGCGCUUUGUCACUUCUCACUUGUAGACAACUUCACAAAUCAGCAGUUCUGUGACAGAGAGUGAAAGUGAAGUGGAGGAACCUCUUGCGGAAAGCUCAGCAUCAUUCUUCUCAGGUUAUGACCCCUCUACUAACACACCCAAACACCAGCCAGAGCAAAUGGAUGAAGCCCAGCGCCAACUUUCUUACACUGAAACAUCAAUGAGUGCGCCUUCAGUGGCCCAAGAACCACCAGAAGUUGAAUAUAAGCAAGAUUACUGGGCAAAUGGCAUGCCCACCGGUGACAACCAGGAGGCAUUCACAGGAGGUUUGGAUGCACAGGCUAGCCAGCCUGAACUCCCCCCAGCCUUUAUUCCAAAGGCACCUGAACCUGCUGCACAAGUUCCAUUCUUUGUUCCUGGUCCACCUGUGGCACAGCCACUUCCUGUGCAGAACGAGCAAACAGAGACAGUUGAGGAGCAGCCUGUUGUUAAUGGCAGACAGUGGUCAGAAGAAUCUAAGAAGGUUGAACCCUUGCCACCAAAAGGUAUGUACCAGUGUUUGGCCAAAAUUCUGGGCACUUGUUCGAGUAGGUUUUCAUGAUGGGGGACAGGGUGAUGAGGGGCGGGGGAGGCUUGUUUAGCUUUUGAUCUUUGUUUGUAAAAAAAAAAAAACCUGGAGACGUCUGGAAAUAACAUUAACUGGAACUGGUUUAAAGGGAAAUGUUGUAUAUUAAUGCCAGUGUUUUAAAAGUUAUUAAAGAAAAAAAAAAGAGGCCUUUGUUAUGACCGUCACAUUUUUGGGGAGCAAGGGUGGUGCAGUGGUGAGAGCAUUGGCCUCCCACCAAUGUGGCCUGGGUUCAACUCCUGGCAUCGACGCCACAUGUGGGUUAAGUUUGUUGUUGGUUCUUUCCCUUGCUCCAAGAGGUUUUUCUGUGGGCACUCCGGUUUUCCCCUCUCCUCAAAAACCAACAUCUCCAAAUUCCAAUUCGACCAGGAAUCAGGUAGACGAAGAACCACUAUGUGGUUGUGCUACCUGCAAAUCGUUAUUUAUUUUCUUUAUUUAUUUAAGAAAUUUUGGAGAUUGUCAAUGGGCAUGCCUAUUGGGGAGAGAGCCAAGUAGUUUGGGGAGAAAAUUAUAUUGCUUGAAUUUUCGAACCAACAUGGUUUUUCACGUUGCCACGUUCGUGCUAAGUAUUUAACAACUGAAAAUAAACAAAAUCAGCAAAAUCAUUUCGGUCCAGUCGAGGGCUGUCACUAAGAGUUCAAGUUGCUGGGUAUAUGCAAUUAGCAGCAAUGAAUUUUUAAGGUAGGGAGUUCAUUUGUCUCUAAUUCCUUUGUUUCCUAUGAAAGUAGUUGGGUGUCAUUCUCAUAGUAAUCAAGGGAAAACCCUGACCCUCAGCCCCUUGUGACAGUCCUAGUCCAGUCCCUUUAGCAAUGGUAAUGGUAUAAUAUUACUUUUUCCUGAUUUAGAACCUGAUGUUCCAAAGAAGACUGAAUCAGCACCUAAGCCAGAUGAGAAGAAAAAGAAGAAAGAACCUGCUGCCCGCAAUAGCCCAGUUAGUUCAACUAACUUUUUAUGUCAUAACCUCAUCGUUGUCCUUGACUUUUUUGGCAAAUAGCACCAAAUGAAUUUAUGAAAUUUAUGAAAAAUGGUAUAGUGAAAUAAGACAUUGACAUUAGGGCUUAAAAUGUUACAGAAAAAUCUAAACUUCAGUCCAUAAUGUGACCUUGCUUCCUGACUUUUCAACAACUAAAUAGGUAACCAGAAAAAGCUGGCAGCUAUGUACUGUGACUGGAGAGCCUUUCUUAAAAACUAAAUGAAUGAGUGAAAUUGAUAAGUUAUUGCAACUACCUGUCACUUUGUAUUGCUAAAGGAAGUGCUUUUGUUCUUAGAUGGGUGGCUGGUUCUCUGGCUUGCUCUCAAAGGUGAUUCCUCGUGGUCCAAAUCAAAUGAUUCUUCCUGAUGACAGCAAAAAAUCGGUAAUAAUAAUAAUAAUAAUAAUAAUAAUAAUAAUAAUAAUAAUAAUAAUAAUAAUAAUAACAAUAAUAAGAAAACAUUUUUUAUUGAGAGUAGUAUUUAAUAACUCCUAAUAAUCUACAGACUAAGUUACAGACUGUUUUGCCGUCUAUCUUAAAAGAUAGGGCAGUGCCAUUUUGGUUUAAUGUAAGGGUAAGCUAACAGAACAACUUCCUGGCAGUGCUUUUAGCCCCUCUGCUGGAGUUGUUGAAUUCAUUGUUUCUCUAUCAUUUCAAUCUUAUGCAGAUUUACUGGGAUGAGGAUCUUAAGAGAUGGGUGAACACAGAUGAAGAUGGGCAGGUUUGUAUAGCUUCUCUGCUGGUGUUACUGUGCUUCAAUAACAUGCAACUGCCGAGUCAGUUUUUUUUUCACUUUAAGUCACACGAAAAGUGAAAAAAAAAGCAUAAACAUUUGAUUGAUUAGUACAUAAAAUGUAGCUAAUUGGGGAACUGACACCUUUCUGUAAUUUCCAAUUGGCCUCUUUUCAAGCUAAACUAUUUGCAUGAAUUUAAUUGAAUUUGUAUAUAUGUUGAUUUUAACAUCAAGCGAUUUCUGACAGUUUAUCUACCAAUUACUUUUUUAACUUGAAAAUGGUCAUGAGUGAAACUUUGAGGGGGGCUGGGGUUUGGUAAGGGGGGUGUGUAUGUCAUAUUGAGGCGACAGUUCCUUGUGGGAAGCAAAAGUUAAAUGAUUGUCAAAGAUGCAUUUGUUUUAUAUUGAAUGGUUUUUGUCUUGUUACAUUUCAGGGCAAUGCUCCUCCACCCCCUCCCCCAAGUGACAUGCAGCUUGGUUUUGGCCAAAAUUCCAUGAUGCCAUUUGGAAAUACCACUCCUGCCACUUCAGGUAUGUGUUGAAAUUUGUUUAAAAGGAUUUUCUUUCAGUAAUCUUUGGGAGGGUUUUUAUUUAGAGCACCAUGUUUGAUAUGAGUGAUAAUCAGUAUAGUUUUAAUUGCACAACUGCAUCCCAAAUUUGUCUUAGGUUGUAUACCUCCUGGCUUAGGUUUUUUAGGACUGUGUUUGCCAUUUCAUCAACUUAAAAAAAUUACUGAUUUGCAGUCUAGUGUGUGUGACAAAAAUCUAAGGAGAAUUUCCAUUUCUACUGGUUUUUGUCACAAAUAUUUCAGCAGGUUUACAACUUGUGAACCCAAAACCAGUUAAAAACUUUCUAUAACACAAAGUGUCAUUUGUUUGGGAAUUUUUCUCCGCUCUUCGCAAAAUCCAUUUGUUGUUAGUUGUUGUUUUUUGUAAAUGUGCUGCAAAUUGACGAUGUAGGGAGACCAAGGUUAAUAUUUCAUCACAACAUGAUAUUCCAAUUAAAAUUUCAGGAUGGGGGGGAGGGGUAUUGGUUAACCAUGUAGUAGUGUCUGUAAAUUAGAAUAUUAGCUAAUGCUUUUUCCUUCAAAUAGGUACUACAACCCAUAGUGUUGGUACUCCCUCAGUCCCUGGGCCUGCAGCGCCCCAGCAAGCUCCUGGAGCUACCCCUGGUGGUAUGGCCACAGCCACACCUCCUGCUGUUUCUAAAUUUUCCAGGAAAGCCUAUGGAGGAGGAAGACUAGGUGAGCUUUAAGCCAAUAACAGUUCAAUUCAGUUCCUUCAAAUAUUUGAAUCAGAUUUGAUAAAACAGAUGCUAAUCUUCUUACUCUCAAAAGUAGCAAAUCUCAAAUGAAAAAAAAAAAAAAUGCUUAGUUUCCUUUUGUGUGAUACUGAAAAUCAAGUAACACCAUGUGAAAGUAUUAGUGAAGAGGUUUCACUUGAAAGAUCAUACCAUGGGAUUUCAUCCAGAGACUCAAAAAUUAGAUGUAAGAACCUGGCGAAUAACAAUAGAACCAUGAGAAGUUACUGCUGAAGAGGUAUCUCCCCGUAAAAUUCCGAAAAUAAGCCCUUAAAUCGCCCCUCCAAAUAUAAGCCCCUGCGGGCUUGUACUUGGAAAAUUGCCCUCAAAUACAAAGUAAAACAACUUGUUUUACUUUGUAUUUGAGAGCAAAAACGGUAAAUUUACUUCCAACUAUAAAGCUCAAUCGAUUUUGAAACGCAAAUUUCCCUCCGUAAAUAAGCCUCUCUGAAUUUUAGCCCCUCCAAAAAAAAGCCCCUCAAAAAGGGCCUUUGAAAAAUAUAAGCCCCGGGGCUUAUUUUCGGAAUUUCACGGUAUUAAAGUGGCCACACCACAGGAUUUCAUCCUCAGAGUUAAACGCUGGAACCACAUUCAUGUUUUCAUCAGGUGAUACGUGCAAGUACAACUUUUCACACUCAUUAAAUGUUCCUUCUUUUUUCCCUUCAGCUAAGAAGUAUGUUGAUGUUCUCAACCCCACUGGACAGAGCUCAGCUAAUGGUCCAGUUAUGCUUCCAAACAGUCUUCUCCCUACCUUCCCUGGUCCUACUGCAGCCAUUAAUCCAGCAUCGCUAUUUGUGCCUACUCCUGUGACUGGUAUGAAGGAUUUGUUGUUGACAUUUCCCAUCUUUUAGCUUUUUAAACUCUAUCAUAGUGCCAAAUAAACACAACUUAUACGUUUACUCACGUCACUUCAUACAUAGCCUCUAUGUUAUUUACCCGCGUAGGCACGUAAAAAUUACUCGACAGUGGAAAUUCACCAUUAGUCAUUUAAAAGGAUAAGCAUAGAAUAUGUAAAAGAACUCCCUUCCCAACCAGUAACGCCUGACUCUGAUAACUGACACUUUCAAAAAGUUUACAGUAUGCUCUCGAAUGUUUGCUUUUAGAUCCUUCCUAUGAAGAGCAGGCAGCUACUGAGCCUGUUGUUGCUAAUCCCGGUUCCCGCCCAUCAUCACGGUGAGUACAUUUUUCAAGUGUUAGCCUUGCCCAGUACUGAUCAGUAUUAAACCCUCCUAACUACAUUAGCUCCCCAUCACAAGUGGAAGUUGAGCCAUUAAGACACAAAAAGGAAACCUGAGAAAUUUUGUAAAUUGUGUUAUAAUCUAAGGUCAUCAGAACUGUAUAGAGACUUUUGUUAUAAUCAGUCAUUAUUCCUGGUUGAUUUCUUUGUUAUUCAGCACUUUUUAUAUUUUGACUUUUGAUUUCUUACAGAAAUGAUGAAGAUGAUGGCGCUGAUCAGCAGUCACAGGUAAAGAAAGCUCUUAGUUUUGGGACAAAAAUAAUUACAAAAAUAUCUGUCUGAUUUCGUUAAAAGGUAGCCACUAGGCUUUCGCCCAGCCCUGCUCCAGGCCAGUGCUGUAUCCAAAAAGUAGGGGACUUGGCAUCUUGGCUGGCACAGCUGGAUAGCCCAGGGACUGCCCUAACAGUGGAUUGGUGGAUCAGGCCUGGGGGGCAAAACUAGUGGGGUAGGGAGGGGGUUAUUUUGACACAACCCCUUAAGUAAGAAGCAGUGUUCAGUACAGGGUUUGACUGGCAAGUACCUUGUUCUUACUUUGCCCUAGCCAGCUGAAUCAGGCCUCUGCUGAGAAUGAUUAUCGUGAUGAUUGCAGAGCUUAGUGGGAGGCUCAGACAGUCACCCAUUGUCCUGGGUGGGGGGAGGGGGGGGGGAAAGGUCAAAUUCUUGGUACCAUUCAAGGACAUACUUAGCACAGGACCUGUAGACACUCACUGAAGCCUUGUUUACAUAUAUUCAGUCAGACAUAUAAAUGAAUAAACCGUUUUUAUUCUUAACUCUUAACUUGCAAUAAAUCGUAAUGCUUUUUCAAUAAAAGUGAAGUGAUUACUCUUUAUAACCUCAAUUAAAAAACAAGAAAAGCUGGUAAUUUUAAAUUGGUGUUUAAAUUUUUUUCAAAGUAAUCAUGUGAAAUGAUCUCAUGGAUAACGUGGAUACCCUGGACGUGUAAUUUUAUUUAAUUGUCGUUUCUGAUAAAUUGAUAAUUAACAAGCCCACAAACUGAUGAAAUUCAGACAAAAAAAAAUGGGUAAAAAUUGGCGAGUUGCAGAUGAGCAAUUGAAUGAGACUGCUGAAAUACGAUUAUGUUUCUUGACGUACAUGCAAACUUUAAAAAUAAUGUUAUGUCUUUGGUAAUUUCUUUACAAUUAUUGUUAAAUUUGUCUCUCUCUCUAUUGGGUACUUGAACCUGUUCUCGUUGAAUACUAUUCAUGACAUGUGGGGUGUUUUCUAUAUCACGUGCGUGAGCUGUGUCGUUCUUGUAUUCAUCACGUGCAGUGUUGUUGAUUUCACGUGCACAGUCGUCUCUUUCUAAACGUCCCCUUUUGAUUUCAGCAUUCUCGGUCAAGCUCGGUCUCCCUAACUUCAGCAGAAGUUCGUAGCUACAUGAUGCCCCAGGUAUUUCACUGCAUUCUGCCUAUGUAACGGUUAGCUCAGGCAGAGGCAGUGAAACAACAGUUCAUAGGCAGAUAACAUGGUCUAGUCAGACUAGACGCUUAGGCAAGACCAGGGUAGAGAAGUGCCAGAGUAGUUUUUAGUGGGCUAAACAGGAACAGGUUAGAGGGAAUAGACAAUGUGGAAUUUCUUUUCUUAACUAGACAGUCUAAAUUUCAGUUUCAGCCUGAGUGACAUGAAUGCUUUUGCUUAUUCCAUUUCCCAUUUCCAGUGUCUCUCUGUUUUGUCACCUCCAGUGGACACUUUCAGCUAACCAAUAAAAGCUCGGAGAUAAAUUUACUAGCUAACUAUUUAACCUUUAAAUAUUGUAAAAUUUUGGUUUUUCUUUUAGCUUUCUGUGACGCCAAAGUAAACUUCUGCUCUGAUUUAACUGCCUAGCUUAAUCAAAAAUUAAACUAAGAUCCCUCCGUGCCCUGAAAUUUCUAAAAAUACAUUUUAUAACGUAAAGGUGCGGAAAAAUUAAAUUAUUACAUAGACUUAUAUGUAUAAAAAUAAAAGCAACAACAGGUGAAUAAGGUUAUAUUUAGUUUUCCCCUUACUCCAAAGAGUGGCAGAACUUAAAAAUGGAAGGAAAUCUUAACUUUUGUUUUGUGAAACACUGUAAAACAAGUGAUGCCGUGAAAAACACUACAGUGGAGGUUUCACUUUAAUGGUAGCAUCAUGGGGUUUCAAACAAGGAUCAAACUCGCAAUUCAUUGCCGAGUUUCUUCAAGGAAGCCUGGUUGGCGGAAAAAUCUAUCUGCGUUGCGAUGUGAUUGGUUACUUUGAUGUCAGCUUGAGUUGUGAUUGGCUGACAUUCAUUGAAAGCCGCUCUCUAGUCAAUAGCUGGUCUGUCUUUUUGAUGACCCCCAUUAACUUUUAACAAUACUUUUUUUUUAUUAUUUUAGAUCCCAGAUCCUCCUCCACAAAGCGCUGCUGCACCAAUGUUCUUUGACCCAUCGGCUUUCAGCCAGCCCAAGGCUCAGGCUUCUCCAAGAAAGUCUCGCUAUCCGGGUCAAAUAAGAAAGUGA